AAAAACCAAGAAAAAUGAGCUUUUUGGGCAUGUGGAUCAAAAGCAUUUAUGAUCUAUCACCCCUUUCUUCCCUUGAAUUAGCUCUUAUAAUUGGAGCGCAAACGAAAGACAAUGUGAAGAGGGGUUACUAUUAUAAAUAGACAACAGUUUUCUUACACAUUUUGUAUAAUAGCAUAGAUAAAAUGUUGUCAAUUCAUUUUAUUCACAUUCUUUAUUCCAUUAACCCCUAGAAAAGAAAAAAAAUUACUCCCCUUUUUUAUUGACCUCGUUUGAUAAUUUUGGGCCUGAUAUUACACGCGCUAAUUAAUGAGCAAAUAUUUAUUUUAUCUUUUGAUUUUUUAAAAUCUUCUUGUUUGUUUCUUUAUAUAUAAUUUUUUUAUUAUUGCUUUGAUUUACAAAAUGCAUAAUAGUAAUGCAGUCAGUUACCCUGGCGUUCAAUUAUCCUGGCGAAGAGUAAUAUCAAUCGCACAAAAUACGCCAGAUCCUGCAGCUAUCGACGAUAAAUUAGAGGAUGAAAUGUAUUCAAGCCCAACCUCAAGAAUUCAAUGUAUGGGAAGAGCAUUACAGAAUAUGUAUACAAUUACUAGCCAAGACGAAGGGUAUAUUGCAUUCAUUUUGACAAUGGUGCAAGAGUUGCAGUAUGAUUGUCCUGUAUCAAUGACGUUUGUGAAGCACAUUAUUGAUUUUUCAGAAAUACCAUCCAAGGAAACCAUUCGAAAUACAUCAAUUGCACUUUUGAACAAUGGGGUGGCAAAUUGUGAUAGCCAAAAGAUUAACCAGAGUAUCAUGUGGUCUAUGCUGGCUAGAAAAUUUGCUGGAAAUCUGGCUGAAGCCAUGUGGCAAGAAGAAAUUGCAACACUUUUGAUUCGGUCGUUAAUGGAUAAUAGCAGAUCUGUGAAAAUAUUUGCUUUAUUAGCACUAGAAAGUUUUGCAUUAACAGGUAGUAUUAAAAAGAGAAUUUUAAAUCACCCAUUAUGUAUCGUAACAACCCUGAACCAAAACUUGCAAGAGUGCUAUUCUCGUCUAUCGGAGUCACCCGCUGUGGCAUCCUCACCGAACUUAACUCUCGUCUCAGGCCUAAGAAGAAAAUACAGUGGCAAAAGGUUCUACCAUGGCCUGAUCAAAAGACUAAGAAUUAAAAAAACCAAAAAAACGAACGUGGUUGAUCCGACAACAACAACAAUGGCAUGCAAAAUAGAACCGAUUGAUUGGUCCGGACUAAUGCAGUCUCAACAUUGUUUUCAAUGGUCGUUGAAUCAUGUAUUUAAUACGCCUUGUUUAUCACCCAUAUUAUUGCCAAAAGUUUAUUUAAACCCGAGGGACUGUACAAGCCAUUGCAAAUUGAGUGAAAAUUGUCUGGAGAUCCGUAAUGAUACAUUUUAUUUGGAAUCUGCUCGUGCCACUGCUUCUGUGGACUCUGGAGUGUGGUAUUACGAGGUAUUGCUACUCACAAACGGCGUAAUGCAGAUUGGCUGGGGCACAAAAAAAUGUUUGUUUUUACAAGAAGAAGGAUGCGGUGUGGGAGAUGAUCCUAAUGGAUUUGCGUUUGAUACGUACCGAUCCGCAGUUUGGGCAGCCUCAGAAGCUAUAUAUCCUCGCAGUCAAAGAAACUCAGGGCAAUGUAAGAUAGGCGAUGUUUUGGGUUCUUUACUAGAUAUGGACAAAGGCUUGUGCACGUUUUUCAUUAAUGGUCAGGAUCUUGGAUUAACUAUCCAAUUCGGGGUAAAUUCGAAAAGGCAAACUUUAGGAUUAUUUCCUAUUAUAAGCCUCACAAGUCACCAGCAUGUCGUUAUCAAUUUUGGUGAGAGAUCAUGGUUAUACCCACCAAACACGCGUCAUCAACCCAUGUGUAACAGUAGUAAUCAAAUUAUGGAUUAUGCUAAACAGGAGCAAGAAGAAGAACAUGAUUGGGACGGCCCCUUGUGCACCCUAUGCUUUUCUGAACCUAAAGACGUUAUCCUAUUUCCAUGUCAUCAUGAUGGAUUUGGGAGAAAAUGUGCUAAGAUUUUGCAGCAAUGCCCAUUUUGCCGCACAAAAAUCACAGAAAUCACUACUAAUAAUAUUAGACCUCAAAAAAAUGUAUUAUAACAUAAUAAAAAUGGACAGAUACUAAAUACAAAGUGUAAUGUCGAUUCUCUUUUCUAACAAGCCAGUCUAAAGCAUAAUGUCUACAAUUUUUGAAGAUGCAGCAUGCAUGAAUUUUUGCGUGUAGGACAUUGAAAUCUAGCACCGUGCCGAUUCAGGAGUACACGUUAUGAAGAAGAAAUCUUUUGGUUACCAGUGUGGUCUAUCUAUAAUAGAAUCUUAAUUAUUCAUCUGCUUAUGUUUAAGCUUUAACUGCGAUAUUUUUUGAUAAUU